UGUAUCGUAGGAUCUUCGGUGACAAUGUGGGGAAGAGCAAGUAUGGCAGCCGUGAUGGUUCUGGCGUUGGCGUGUGUCUGCACGUUGGAGGCGGUUCGAGGCGAAGGUGGUAUCGAAAUCGGCUCGAGCGACUCGGACGCCGAGAACAUUUUGGAACGCGCGACUGCCUGGCUGUGGAGUCAGCGCGACAAAGAUGCCGGUUGGGGAAACGACACGAAUCAAGUUCUGCUGGUCCUUCGGUUAAGCAAUCUAUCGCGAGAGGACAACGUCGCUCCUGCAGCCCCUCUCGAGCUGCAGCUCAGCAGCAAACAAAUGGAGCUCGAAAUAGUGUUGUUAUUUUGGAGGCAUCGAGAGGUUGGUUUCUGUCCUGUGCGAUUGGCACGCUACACUCUCGCCUUGAACGCCAUGUGCACGGAUCCGAGACAGUUUCACGGUCACGAUUUGAUCGGAACGCUUCAGCAUCACGAACCGCCUACGGAUUACGAGUUUGCUCUCACGACGCUGGCUGCGUGUAACGCGGAAGCUCACGUUCGGAAAAGACAGAUCCGUCGACUGCUGGACAUCGCGAACGCCGCUCAAGAUCACAAUGUCGACACAGUCGCGAUGGUAAUCUUAGCUUUAAAGUGUAUCGUUCAGGAUCACAAACAUCGAAAUCUGCAUCAUUUCGUGCGCAAACCGUCGAUCGGUUUGGCGCAGCAGCAACGACUCGACGGUAGUUUCGGGGAUGUUCGCACAACCGCUUUGGUAAUGCAAGCGCUCGAGGAAGCGGAAAACGAGCCUGCUGAUAACUGGAACAGAUCCGCCGCGUUGUCGUGGUUGAUGAGCCAACAGCGACCCGACGGUUCUUUCGACGGGGAUGUUCGCACGACCGCCGAGGCUUUGCUCGGCGUGGCUCCACGAGGUUUGGCGAGUAUCAGAACCCUCGACUGUGGUCAAGGACUCGCCGAUACUUCGCCGCCUCGAUUCUCCACCAACGAACCGAAGGUAUCCAACCGCAACGAGAGCGCACCGACGCUGAUAAUUCCCGGGAAUAACGUGAGUAACGGAGUGGCCGGAAACGGGACUAAUCGUAACAGGAAUAACGGAAACUAUGCAACCAACGCGAACAACGUGAACAACGCGAACAACGCGAAGAACACGAUCAGCUCGAACAGCACCGAAAUCCCGACCGCGACGACGACAGCUCCCGUCACCGUGAACGUCUCUUACACUUUAUGGGUCGGCAGCAACGUGAACGAGACUUAUAGUCUGACGAUAACAGCGCCUAAGAACGAAACGUUUUACGAAGUGAUGUUGACGGCUGCGGAAAUGUCUCCGCACUUUCAAUUCGUCGCGUCCGAAUGGCCGAACGGACACUACGUUCACACUAUAGCCGGGUACAAGGAGGAGCGAAUGUCGCAUCAUUAUUGGCUGUUGUAUCGACUUACAGCUCCGCCGGAUCCUUCUUCGCCGCCCGGUAAUCAGUUGGUUGCCCCCGGAGGCGUCGACGAACUGCAGAUCAGCGAGGGAGAGCAUUACCUGUAUUGGUAUAAGAAGCUGUGAGAAGGGACGAUACGUUUACUCGAAAUAACUGAGAAAAGUGGAUCGAGGAGGUAAGAAGGGUAAAGAGGAAUCGAGAGAAGCAGGAGGCAAUGAGUAAAAAAAGAAAAAAAGAAUAAAAAAGAAAAAAAAAGAUAAAUAAUAUUUAGUUGCUCGAAAACGAAAGCUCACUUUGUUCACUGCCAUCGCUAAACGCGUACGGUAACGUACGAGGCAUUUUCCUGGGACGUUUUCAUAUGGAUCGCUCGUAUGUCAGCUUCUUAGGGAGGUGAGAAACAGAUAGAGCUGGCAGUGAUGCGCGUUUAAAAAGCUCUGCUCCGAUGACCUAUCAUUCAGAUUCAACGAGUCGAAACGCGACAAAUUCUGAAACGACACCGGUCUUCGACCGAUGCACGGUAACUACAACUAACGAACGAACGAACAC